AUGCGUGUUUCUCGUCGACCGUUUUCUUUCGGUUUGUUCGUCGAUCCCCAGCCUGCCAAACACUCUUCCAUCUACAACAAGCGAGAACUCUAUUUACAGAAUACUUAUGUGUAUACCGAUGGAAGCCAUUACUUCGGCAACACUGCACAUGUAAUUCCUGUUCCAGUCAAGGCUGUUCAAACAAAGGAUCAAUGUUUGCCGAAUCAAAGGCUCUUUCUAAAAGCUCUUAAGCAGAUUGUCAGCACUAAUGGUGAGAAUAAUGUUAGCAGGAGAAAAAAGAAUACCGAUGCAGCCAAAGCAUUUAAUGCACUACGUAAUCUUACAUUCUCGCGCGAUAAGACAAAUGACACGGAGGCUUUAGAAUUUUAUGCAGCUGUUAGUGCCGAGUAUCGUAAUCAUCCAUUCUACGUGAGGCUAGUUUCAUGCCUGAUGAAAGACUGCUCUAAUUGUGAUCGGCUUGAUCUGUCCGAGGCCGUGUUUGCUAAGUACGUACGUGAAGCUACGGCCAAAGGAGACAAUUCGCCUCACCACAUUAUUGUAUGGAAUACUUUGAUCAAGAUCUAUGUCAAAAAGGGAAUGGUGAAGAAGGCAACCAAAGUUUAUGAGAUGAUGUCAUCAUAUAAGCAGAUGCCCGACGUAGUAACGCACAAGAUCCUAUUGAACGCAAUGUCAAAGACUAAAAACCUGGAUUUCGCAUUUGCUAUUCUUGAGAGGAUGCUAUUCAUAAAACGAACACUUAAUGCAGCCUCUCUGAAUACUCUCAUACAGGCCUGUCUUGCGAUGAAUGAUAAUGAGUCUAAGAAAAGGGCCGAUUUUGUAAUUGAUGCAAUAAGGCGAUUGAAAUUGGGCCCAAAUGGACAAACGUUUGUUAUUCUAUUACGCCACUGUACAGAACUUGCCAAACUGGAUGAGCUUUGGUCACUCAUUAUUGAUGCUGGAUAUCAAACUGAUCAUACGACACAAGUAGAAUUCAUGAAAGCAUGUCGAAGGCUAAGCUUUAACGCGUCUAGUAUGAACCAUAGAGAAGGAUUUGUCAAGUGUUUCGAUUAUUUUUUACGAAUGAGGGAAGUGUCUAGUUCGGAUGACGUCGCUGUGGGUGUUUAUAAUGAGUUAAUUGAGGCGUGUGGACAUUAUGGGAAUGUACAAGGUGGGACGCGUUUGAUCCGGGAGAUGUGGGAGAACAAUCUUGAACCCAGACUCAGAGUAUAUAAAUGCAUCCUUAAUGCUUUUGGAAGAAGUCACGAGAUCUUUUCAGAACAGGAGAAAGUUAAUCUAAUUGAACGAAAUCUCUUUUUCGCCACGCUGCCUGGUAUAAUUUUUCGACUAAGAAAUGAAAUUAUGCCAAUGUGGCUGCUGAAUACGAUUUUGAUGGCCGUGGGGAGACUCGGAGAUGCACAUGUUAUGAUGAAUCUAUAUAACAUGAUCGUUUGUAGGGACUUGGGAUAUCGAACCGAAUCUGCUUCAAUCGAGGGAUUGAUUGCAAGUAGAUUGGGGGCUGUUUCGGUUGACAUAUCUCUCGCUAAUUCGUUUAUUAAUGCCAUGUCGUCUGAGCAGCUGAGGUCAUCCGUGCUUUCAAUAUUUUAUCGGUUGCCGAGAUCUCUUGUCCCUAAUAAUAGAACGAUAAAGUAUUUAUUUUCGAGUAUAAGAAGCGCCAAUGAUGUACAAUCACUCUUCACCCCAUACUGCGUUGCCAUUGCUAGUCGCCCGAUGAACAUUAGUUUGGACGAAUUACAGGAAACACUGUAUGAUGUUGUCUAUAAAAUAUCGCCUGGUAGAACUAAUGUUAAUUGGAGCGAUGGGUAUGCGGGUGGGGGGUUACUAAAAUCUAAGACAGAAUUCUCUCGUGAUACUGUGUUGAGAACUAUAACUAAAUGUAUAUCACGAGAGAUAAUACAUAUACAACAGAGCACAGGGAUUGAUGAGUGUUUGGAUCUAUUAGACGGAUACAAUAAAAUGGGUGCUAACUAA